AGCACAUUACUGGGUAUCAUCACAGAAAUGCAUUCCUGAAGACAAAUACUGUAAACAAAGCCUUUUACUGAGAAAGACAGCAAAGCCAGUCCAAGGCACAGUGAGAUUCCGAAACCACUUUUGUUCAUUUUUGACCACAUAUAAAAACUGGGUGUCACCUUCAGAGCAGUGUGUACUACAUGGCAAGAACUGGACAAUUCCUUUUCUAAAGGAGGAAUUGUGAUCAAGAGGAAAUAAGCUUGCUUUUUACAGCGAGACUGAAGAUUCUGAAUUAGAACUUCAAUGGUGGCUACAUAGAGCGGCUGGAUUCAUCUGCAUUGAAACCCCUUGAGAAUUUUUAUAGGUUGAACCAAAACAGAAUAAUGAAAUGAACCCUCCUAGGCAGGAAUGCAGAAGCAGACAUGAAAGAUGAUUUCUCUGAAUUAUUUGGCCUUUAUAGAAAGAACCAUGAUGAGUUUCUAGAAAAUGCAUUAUUGAUGUGAUGUAAUAAGAACGUCUCUUGUGUGCCAGGCAUUGUGCUAGGCACAGUCUCCAUUCUCUCGGAGCUUGUAGUGUAGAAGGAAGAUAGAUGAAGUCACACUAAUGAAUGUAUAAGUACAAAUCAAGACGAGUGCCCUAAAGAAAAAAAGUGUGGUCACAGGAACUCCUCUGUGGUACGUCAGUCAAGUGGCACACCCGCCAGACCUUUAAACUGUGGUCUCUGGAGAUCAAAGUCACCUCACCGUCUCAUUAACCUUCACUUGGCAUCCUUAAAGGAGAUAACGAGCCCUGUGUUUGUACUGAGACUUCGCUAGGACAGAUAGAGCACACUGUCCUGGGAGCCCUGCCUCCCCAGCGUGGUCACAACUUGCAGCAAGGAACUAAUCUGGUUGACAUCUCUCACUUUAUGAGAGUUGUGGUGUGGUCCUUGGGCCGUGGCAUCAGCAUCACCUAGGAGUCUUCAGAAAUGCAGAAUCUUGGACCCCUCCCUAGAUCAACUGAAGUAGAGUCUACAUUUUAUCACGAUCCCAAGGUCAGGAGAAUAUGUUCUGGAGCUAGACUGUCUGGGUUCACGUCCUGACUCUACCCUUGUCACUGAAUGGUGCAAUGCCAGUUAUUUCAACUCUCUGCCUCAGUUUCCUCACUUAUAGUAUGGAGAGGAUCAUAACUGCCCCUACCUCUCAGGUCACUGUGGAAAGAGAAGAAGGAAUGGAAAGCAACAUGGGUUUCUGAGAGGACAGGCCUGGAAGAAGCAUGCAUUACUUCUGCUGACAUCCGUGGACUCAAUUUCAGUCACAGAGGUUUCGUCUUAAUUGCGGAAAAAGUGACACAGCUGCACUAUAGAAAAAAUGAGAGACUGACAAAGAAGUUGCGUAACUUUUCCAAUGUCAUACAACUGGAUUUGGGAUCCAGAUGAUUCACCUCCAGAACCCUGGCCUUCACCAUACUGAGGGAACAACAUUGAAAGAUUGGCCCCAUGCUGAAAUGCGCCUGUAAAAAUAAGUAAGAAACUUCAGAUGUUUACAAGACUUAAAAGGAUGGACAGAAGCAGAGGCAGAGAUGCCUUAAAGCAUCUGAUGCCUUUGGGAGGAGGAGUGUUCAAGCCAUGCUCCCUGUCCUUCUUUGGGUCUGGAAGGAGAACUUAGCCCUGUAUAUGCAGAAGCAAAGAAUGUGGAGACUGCAGGUGUGGAAAUUCUGCAGGAAAAUUGACAGGAAAAUUCUCUCUGAUUCCACUAAUUGGUGUAGACACGUGUGGCCGUCUGCACUGUAGGAUCCCGGUUCUAUAAGCUUUGGACUCCCUGGGAUUACCAUGCCGCCCCCCGCGGACAUCGUCAAGGUGGCCAUAGAAUGGCCGGGCGCCUACCCCAAACUCAUGGAAAUCGAUCAGAAAAAACCACUGUCUGCAAUAAUAAAGGAAGUCUGUGAUGGGUGGUCCCUUGCCAACCAUGAGUACUUUGCACUGCAGCACGCCGAUAGUUCCAACUUCUAUAUCACAGAAAAGAAUCGCAAUGAAAUAAAAAAUGGCACUAUCCUUCGAUUAACCACAUCUCCUGCUCAAAACGCCCAGCAGCUCCAUGAACGAAUCCAGUCGUCAAGUAUGGAUGCCAAGCUGGAAGCCCUGAAGGACUUAGCCAGCCUCUCCCGGGAUGUCACAUUUGCCCAGGAGUUUAUAAAUCUGGAUGGCAUCUCUCUCCUCACGCAGAUGGUCGAAAGCGGCACCGAACGAUACCAGAAAUUGCAGAAGAUCAUGAAGCCUUGCUUUGGAGACAUGCUGUCCUUCACCCUGACAGCCUUUGUUGAGCUGAUGGACCAUGGAAUAGUAUCCUGGGAUACGUUUUCAGUGGCGUUUAUUAAGAAGAUAGCAAGUUUUGUCAACAAAUCGGGCAUGGACAUCUCAAUCCUGCAACGGUCCUUGGCCAUUUUGGAGUCAAUGGUGCUCAAUAGCCAUGACCUCUACCAGAAGGUGGCUCAGGAGAUCACUAUUGGACAACUUAUCCCACAUCUUCAAGGGACAGAUCAAGAAAUCCAAACCUAUACCAUUGCAGUGAUUAAUGCACUUUUCCUGAAGGCUCCUGAUGAGAGAAGGCAGGUUGGUGUAGAGAGCAGUGUUGACAUCCUUGAUUGUCCUCUGACUGAGAUGGCGAAUAUUUUGGCUCAGAAGCAGCUUCGUUCCAUCAUUUUAACAAAUGUUAUCCGAGCUCAGAGAGCCAUCAACAAUGAAAUGGCACACCAGCUGUAUGUGCUACAGGUGCUUACCUUUAACCUUCUAGAAGACAGGAUGAUGACCAAGAUGGACCCCCAGGACCAGGCUCAGAGGGACAUCAUAUUUGAACUUCGAAGAAUCGCUUUUGAUGCAGAGUCUGAACCUAAUAACAGCAGUGGCAGCAUGGAGAAACGCAAGUCCAUGUACACACGGGAUUAUAAAAAACUUGGCUUCAUUAAUCAUGUCAACCCUGCCAUGGACUUUACCCAGACCCCUCCUGGGAUGUUAGCCCUGGACAAUAUGCUGUACUUUGCCAAGCACCACCAGGAUGCCUACAUCCGGAUUGUGCUUGAGAACAGUAGCCGGGAGGAUAAGCAUGAAUGUCCCUUUGGCCGCAGCAGCAUAGAGCUGACCAAGAUGCUGUGUGAGAUCUUGAAAGUGGGCGAGCUGCCUAGUGAGACCUGCAACGACUUCCACCCAAUGUUCUUCACCCAUGACAGAUCCUUUGAGGAGUUUUUCUGCAUCUGUAUCCAGCUCCUGAACAAGACAUGGAAGGAAAUGAGGGCAACUUCUGAAGACUUCAACAAGGUAAUGCAGGUGGUGAAGGAGCAGGUUAUGAGAGCUCUCACAACCAAGCCUAGCUCCCUGGAUCAGUUCAAGUGCAAACUGCAGAACCUGAGCUACACCGAGAUCCUGAAAAUCCGCCAGUCUGAGAGGAUGAACCAGGAAGAUUUCCAGUCUCGCCCGAUUUUGGAACUAAAGGAGAAGAUUCAGCCAGAAAUCUUGGAGCUGAUCAAACAGCAACGCCUGAACCGCCUUGUGGAAGGGACCUGCUUUAGGAAACUCAACUGCCGACGGAGGCAAGACAAGUUUUGGUACUGUCGACUUUCACCCAACCACAAGGUUCUGCAUUAUGGAGACUUGGAAGAAAGUCCUCAGGGAGAAGUGCCCCACGAUUCCUUGCAGGACAAAUUGCCGGUGGCAGAUAUCAAAGCGGUGGUGACGGGGAAGGACUGCCCUCAUAUGAAAGAGAAAGGUGCCCUUAAACAAAACAAGGAGGUGCUUGAACUUGCUUUCUCGAUCUUGUAUGACUCAAACUGCCAGCUGAACUUCAUAGCUCCUGACAAACACGAGUACUGUAUCUGGACAGAUGGGCUGAAUGCGCUGCUGGGGAAAGACAUGAUGAGUGAGCUGACCCGGAAUGACUUGGACACCCUGCUCAGCAUGGAAAUCAAGCUCCGCCUCCUUGACCUGGAAAACAUUCAGAUCCCCGACGCACCUCCACCCAUCCCCAAGGAGCCCAGCAACUAUGACUUCGUCUAUGACUGUAACUGAAGUGGCCGGGCCCAGAAGCACCCCCUCCAAAACUGGAAAAUCUAGCUAAUGGGAGAGAAGAAUGAAAACACACCCACGCCUUGGAACCCUCUCGCGGUCAAGAGAAGCCGUGGGUCAACACUUUCUUUGGCCUCGCCUCUAGCCCCAGCGUUCUUCUGCCCCUACCUGGCAUCCUGCUCACUGCCCUGAUUCUGUUUCUAGACUCCAUUGCUUUAGGUCACUUCCCAUGCUACAGUCUACUGGUGGGAGCAGAGCAAAACCCACCGCCAAUAAGAGAUCCAAAGGGCCCUUCCGUCCUAUCCCCCAUCAGGCACAUCCUCCCUCCCCGGAAUGUGCAAGCCGGCAGCUCCAGACUGCCCCCAAACCUGCCCGCCAGACGGAAGGGAGUGCCCCAGUGCUUGCGUCUGGAAGAAACAGCCUAGCUUCUCGAGAAGACCAAACACCACCUCCUCGUUCCCUUUCUCUCUAGAGUCCGCUCACACCACCAGUUCCGUGUGAAUUGAAAUCAGCUUCCAAAUCCCUUCCCUCCUCCGUCCAGGCCUUUGCCUCGUGCUGUUCCUCUCUGGUCCCAAGAGCAGCAGCAGCAGCCUCGUCCUAGCUUUCGCCAGCACCGGGUCUCCCGGACACAGUCCCAGGUCCCAUGCCCACUUCACAUCUGCACUGUGACUGUGACCUACCUUCCUUCCUCGCCAGCUAGUCAUGGGUGUCCUCUCUCUGCCCCAGCCCACACCUGCCUUCUUCAUGCCUCACACCCUUCCGGCCCCUUCGCUGAAAGCACAAAUGGUGAAAUCAGUUGUCGUCCCCAUCUCUAAUAUACUAAACCUAAUGCCUCUGUGGCAGGCGGCCCCUGUCUAAAGGUUUGGUGUUACCUUGUGCUGGGGGUUCUGCUGCAAACAGGCUCCACGGGAUGGUCAAGCUGUCAGACAUCCAAGUUUACAUCACUGUAAUUAUUACAAGUAUUGACAAUUUGCAAGGGUUUGGGGUUGUUGUUUUUUUUUUUUUUUUUUUUUUUUUUUUUGCUUUGUUUUUGUACAAAAGAGUCUAACAUUUUUUUGCCAAACAGAUAUAUAUUUAAUGAAAAGAAGAGAUACAUAAAUGUGUGUACUUUCAAGUUUUUUUUUAAUUAUUAUUUUAAUCCUAAACAUCUUCCUGAGAAUAACAUUCCCUUACACAUGCUGUGGAAUAAAAUUAAUUGUGAUGA